UGGUGGAAAUAUAAAACAGGUCUGAUAGGAGUGAACGUGUUAGUACCUGGUGAGGGAGGUAAAAGGAAGAACUUUAAUCUGCACUGUUUGGACGAAGAGAGAGAGAGAGGAUUUGUGUCUUCUGUCCAACAUGAGACUCGUGGCUCUGGUUGUGGUGUGCGGGCUGAUUGUUGGAGGGAGUGUGGGAGCAGCUCCGCCAGGAUUCAACUCUGCACAGAGGACACAUGCAAUAGGAUCAGUCCUCUCUGCACUCAGGAGAAGAACGGCAGGAGACUUGUUGGCGGAGGACGCCAACCCGUGUUUCUCCCUGAGAGAGAAUGAAGACCAGCGGCAGCUCCUGUGCAACGACCGCAGGAGUAAAUUCAACUUCAACCCGUUCGGCCUCCGCUUCGGGAAACGCUACAAUGGCUACGUUUACAGGAGAGCCGUUAAAACAGCCAGGACAGAUAAAGUUUCACCUCUUUCUCUCUUCUCGUGAGAUUUGGAGGUGCCUACAUGAAACAGAUGUGUCUUCUACUGAGGACUUGUGUCCCAUUGGUCCAUUUGUGUUUAGAAAGGCCUUUUUCUUCAGAUAAAAAUGUUUCUGUGAAUAAAACUUUUGUACCUAC